CUUGUUACCACAAGCCAAAAAUCCCACGACCGCCAUGAUGCUUGUUUGCUCUCGAUGUUAAACAGCAGAGGAUACAUAGUGAAUCACAAACAAAGGAAGCACGCAGUCGUCUUCGUCAACUGGUAUGCGUUUGCAGUAUCACAGGGAUGCCCAAGGAAAAAUAUGACCCGCCAGACCCCAGGCGGAUGUACACCAUAAUGUCCACUGAAGAGGCAGCCAACGGGAAGAAAUCGUACUGGGCGGAGCUCGAGAUCAGCGGUAAAGUGCGGAGUCUGAGCACGGCAUUGUGGUCCCUCACCCACCUCACAGCACUGCACAUCAGCGACAACUCUCUGUCCCGCAUCCCGCCCGACAUCGCCAAAUUACACAAUCUGGUGUACCUCGACCUUUCGUCCAAUAAGAUCAGGAGCCUGCCGGCCGAGCUUGGCAACAUGGUGUCUCUCAGGGAACUGCUUUUAAAUAACAACCAGCUGCGGGUUCUGCCUUUCGAACUGGGAAAGCUCUUCCAGUUACAGACACUGGGACUAAAAGGAAACCCUCUAGCACAAGAAAUCGUGAACCUGUACCAGGAACCUGACGGAACCCGUCGACUGCUCAACUACCUGCUGGACAACCUGGCGGGCACCAACAAACGCACCUCCACAGAGCAGCCCCCUCCCCGGAACUGGAUCAUACUGCAGGAAGCCGACCGGACACGGCCGGCAGCUCUGUUCUCAGUGAUGUGCUACAACGUGCUCUGCGACAAGUACGCCACGCGCCAGCUCUACGGCUACUGCCCGUCCUGGGCCCUCAAUUGGGAGUACAGGAAGAAGUCCAUCAUGCAGGAGAUCCUCAGCUGCAACGCCGACAUCAUCAGCCUGCAGGAGGUGGAGACGGAGCAGUACUAUCAUUACUUCAUGGUGGAGCUGAAGGAGCACGGGUACGAGGGGUUCUUCAGCCCCAAGUCCCGGGCCAGGACCAUGUCCGAGUCGGACCGCAAGCACGUGGACGGCUGUGCGGUGUUCUUUAAGACCGAAAAGUUCAGCAUGGUGCAGAAGCACACGGUGGAGUUUAACCAGCUGGCCAUGGCCAACUCGGAGGGCUCGGAGGCCAUGCUGAACCGAGUCAUGACCAAGGACAACAUCGGCGUGGCCGUCCUGCUGGAGCUGCGUAAGGAGGUGAUGGAGCAGUGCGUGGGGAAGUCUGUGCCCAGCAUGGAAAAGCAGCUGGUCCUGGUGGCCAACGCGCACAUGCACUGGGACCCCGAGUACUCGGACGUGAAGCUGGUGCAGACCAUGAUGUUCCUGUCUGAGGUGAAGAACAUCGUGGAGAAGGCCACGCGCAGCCUCAAGCUGUCCUCCAUCUCCGGGGAGACCAACGGCAUCCCGCUGGUGCUGUGCGCCGACCUCAACUCGCUGCCCGACUCCGGCGUGGUGGAGUACCUGAGCACGGGUGGGGUGGACUGCACGCACAAGGACUUCAAGGAGCUGCGCUACAUCGACAGCCUGACAAACUUCAACUGCAACGGGAAGAACAGCACGUCCAACGGCCGCAUCACCCAUGCUUUCAAGCUCAAGAGCGCCUACGAUAAUGGCCUCAUGCCUUACACCAACUACACCUUCGACUUCAAGGGUGUCAUUGACUACAUUUUCUACUCCCAGCCUCUGCUCAAUGUUUUGGGCGUCCUGGGGCCCCUGGAUCCCCAGUGGCUUCAUGAGAACAAUAUCAGCGGCUGCCCACACCCCCACGUCCCCUCCGAUCACUUCUCUUUGUUUGCACAACUGGAGCUGGCCCUGCCCUACCCGCCGCCGCUCAACGGGAUCCACCUGCCCAGCCGCAGGUAGUCCUCCGAGCCACCGGGGGGAGUCGCUGCUCACAGCUCCGCUCAGUUUUGUAAACUUCAGAAGAAACCCAAAAUCUGUACUCAUCUUGAGUAAUACACCAGACGAGUGGGAUAUGGCCAACAGAUUUUUUUUUCUUUUUUUUUUUCUUUCUUUUUUUCUUUUCCUAAAUGUUUUCACAGAUUUUAAUUUGAACAAAUGCUGAAGUCAAUCUUUGUAAAAAUGCCGACCAUCUUUUCAGACAUAAUGUAACGUCCCACUCCCCGGCUUCAUUCGUGUUGCUAUGCCGUAAAGGACCACGGCGAUGAUCAGGUAGUACCUCUGUAGCCGUCUGGAUACGUGCAGUCGUCACGCCUAGAGUCUGUAGUAAGUUUUAAAACAAAGAGAAAAUGUCGUUUGUUCAUGGGAGAACCCGUCGUGCAGAAAUCCAGUUAAGAGAAAGAAAUCUUGUUCGUCUAGAAGCCAAACAAGCUUGAGUUCCCAGAGUAAAAACAAACAUUAAUAAAUUAAUGGCUGUAACCCGUACGGCUGCUUUGGCCUAUAUUCCCAAGGUGGUUUGAGUGCACCCCCCCCCCCCCUGGUUUAGCCCCAUCCUGUGUGAUGCUAUGUUUUCUGUGGGAGACUUUUUUGCUGUAGGAGGGAGCAGGCCCGACUGGCUGGUGCGUUUUUUUAACAAGUUCUCCUGGUGCUAUACGAGCCCUGUCCACCAGCGUUGCACUCUACCAAUUGGUGCUGACCGCACUGGGCCGUCUCCUGCAAGCAAAGGGUUAAUGACAUCAGCCACAGGGCACACACCAUCACACAGUGCAUCCCGGCCCCAGCGGUCAUAUUAAAGAGAAGACUUCAGAUUAGCUUUGUUUUGUGGGCAGACAUCAUCGCCGUGGUCCCCCGUUCCAUUUUAUCGUGACGUAUUUUUCCAAGUUUCCCUUUAAGGCGGGAUGAGGUGAACGGCUGCACGUAGCCGCGGCACGCUGCCACAGAGCCGCCACCUUCAGGUAAAAAAAAAAAACGCAGCGGGACGUGGGCCAGGCGUGCGUCCGUCUGCGCUGAGCCGCGCUAACGCUACGUCAGCGGGUUCAGCGCUCAGACGGUCACCGCGGUUACGGGUGAACAGAUGUCAUCUCAGCCUUUUUUACUACAGGGAGGGGGGCUCUUUUGGGCACCAGCACACACACGUACACACACGGACAUGCACACACACGCAUACACGCACGGACACGCACACACACACGCACGCAGAUUUGUAGCACUGUUUCAGAGGCCAGUAGUGUCCUUCCCUGGCCAUAACUGCACCCUCCUCUCCAGGGGCUUUUCCUACAGAUGUUUGUAUAACGUUGACGUAGCUGAAGUUUGGAUUCCGCCUUUACAUGAUUGUAUAUGAACCACAGAAGACCUGAUCUGUGUGGCAUUUUUGUACUAAGAAUUAUGAUCAGAUUUAGAGACAAAAAAAAAAGAUUGUAUUGUAAACUAAGGUGACAUUUGUAUCUGUUUUAAGGUGUUUAAAAAUGUAUAUAUGAAAGACCAGCUUGUACUAGAGUUAAAAACAGAGGAUGUUUCUGGGUUCUCACCUCUGCUCUCUUCUCAGUGACUAUUUCUAGGUGUACUGCUGUUUUUUUUUUGUUUUUAAUUAAUGAAGACUUUGCACUCCAAAUUCGGAUUCGGACUAAACCAAAUUUGUCUCAAGAAUCUUCUUUACCAUAAAGAAGUUUGUCUUGGGUAACUGGCUCAAAUGCACGGCUAGAGAUGGUCUUGUGAGACUGACCAGAAAGCGACUGUUCUCACGCCCCUCGGGCUGCAGAGAGCUCACGUAUCGCCGCCCUGGUGGUGACGAGGAGGAAAGAACAGCUGUGCAAGCUCAUUCGCACCACAGUGGGAACUGCAGCACGUGAACAGGCCAAUACCCAAACCGCCUCUGAGUAUGUGUAGUGUGUGUUUAUAUAUAUAUAUAUAUAUAUAUAUAUAUAUAUAUAUAUAUAUAUAUACACACACACACACUAGAAAUAUGCAGUGUGUAUGUCUAUAUAUGUACACACGCAGUUAAAGCAUUUGUGGAUGUUUUAUUAGAGGUCUUUUUUAUGGGUUGUAGGAAUAUUUCUGUCUUUUUUGUUGAACUCACAAUCAGGUAAUGUGCGACAGAGUUUGGCCUUUUUCUUUUUUUAAAAAGCUGCUUAACCUGGUCCCUGCUCACGUCUCUGCAGUGCUCUCGUUCUGAUAUGUUUCCCUGUCUUCUGUUUUAAUAACACCAUAUUAAAUGUGCGCGACGCUGCAGUGUCCCUUAGAGCCCCGCCCCUCGUGGUGUCAUUAUAAAAAUCACUGUACGGAGCCCCGCCCCCCUCCCCCCGCCGUUAUCUCAGGCUGUUCUUCUCUCAGUAGUUUAGUUUGGAUCUGUGUCCUUUUCUACGGCUGUAUCCUCCGCUCUGCGUAGUGCCAUCUAAUGCUUACCGCCAGAAAGCCAAGUGUAAAGAUGGAAGCCCUCCUCUUGCCACAACCGCGUUAAGAGAUGUUUUUUAGGGGGGUGGGGUGGGAAAGCAAAGGGGGCCAUUUUCCCUCUUUCCGGGUGUGUUCCUGCUCCCCCCGUGGGCCAGAAGUGGUGUGGUCCAAGCUUGUCAUUUUAAUGAUGUUCUCUGAGGACCACAUCGGUCCUGUACAAUCAUCCAUUGAGAGGGGAAAAAGAGAAAAAAAACAUGAAAUGUGUAAAUUUUUCAGUGUGCUAAGAAUAUUCCAUGGAAGCUGUUCUUUGCUCAAUUUUCAUGUUUUUUUUUUGUUUUACUUAUUUUAAAUGAAAUUGAUUGACAAGCACUUAAAGUAGAUCACCAGUGCAGCUACCCUCUGGAAAAGGAAUCUUAUAUAAAACCCUCUUUUUAAAACUGUGCUUUUGCCAUUGUGCAAAAGUGAAUUUUAAUCUUUUUUAUUGUUACUCUGCGUAAAGAGGAAAAUGGGGGAAGCGGUGGAUCUGUCAUCCUCGUCCAGGACCUGUUUUUUUCUCUGCUUUUUUCUUUCUUUUUUUUGUUUGUUUGGAACAAAAGUAAAACGUGGGGACUAUUAUGUUGAAUUGCGAAUAGUGUUGUAGUAUGUUGGAAAAAAUAGCUUUUUUUUGUAAAGUGUGAAUAAAAGUUGUAUCUCUUGUUUCCUUUCUUUAAAACAAAUUGUGUUGUUCCUGUGUAUGUAUGUGUGACCAAGUAUCCAAUAGUACUUUCUUUUCACUGUUCCCCCCCCCUCCCCUUAUAUACUCAAACCAAAAGAUUUUUUUUCCCCCAGAAAAAUGUUAGCAUCUGGUAUUAAAGAGGUGUGUGAUAGCUAGCUUUGAUUGUACAGAAGCCAUCUUUUAACAUUUAUUUUAGGGAGAAGGAUAGUUGCAAGUGUUUACAAAAUCAGAUUUAAAAAAAAAUGUAUAUAGCGGUAAAUACAGUUGGCUUAUUUUGAAAGUUGCGUUUAGGCUAGCGGGCUGUGUAUCUGUCAGCAGGCACUGCGGCCCUUCUGUUAACGUGGUGUGAUAAUGGUGAUGGGACAGGUCUCAAAGACCCCAUUGUGGGCGGGGCCUUAUCGGGUUGCUUUUUGCACCAAACGCGAUCCCUGGUUUAAAGUGCACGAAGGCUCCGCCCCCUUUUUUAUUUGGGUUUCAUGCAGUCUUUCUUUCCCGCCGCUGUGUGCAGUGAGCGGCAGGGGCCGCAGGUCCUGUUCCACUGAAAGGCCGUUGUGCACCUCUCGCUGCCUCUCGUGCUGUUCGGCGGGGGUUAGCCUCGUUUAGCGCUCGCGUGCACGGGCCGCCUCCUCGGACCUCGCUUUAUUAAUCUGAAAUUUGUGCAAGUGUUAAAGGUGCGAGAGCGUUAAAGUUACCCGCGCUCGGGAAACGGAGGGAGUUCACGCCAGGACCGAGUCAAAACCCGCCUUCCAUCUCUGCUAGCGCCAACCCCGCGGCUGAGCUCUACCUGCAGUAGGGCUCAGCACAGUCCUCCUAAAAGAAGCACGCGUAAAAAAAAAAAAAAUCGUGGUUUUCUUUUCAGUUUUAAUUUUUUAAAAAUAAUGGCUUAGAGCAGGAGUGGGAUACCCAGGCCCUGGUGGGUGGGGGGACCCUGUGCUUCAGCAUUUCUCUGCAAAUUCUGCUGUUAUUUCAUUGGUCCAGUCGCUUAUGUACACAUAUGUUUUGGCUAAGCGUUAAGCUCACGAUUGAUAGCUGAAGGGUACUGCUGCGGGGCGUUUUUUUACUGUGGCCUAAUCGAAGACCGAACCAGUUUUGACUGCAAGCUACUCGAGCUGGGUUUAGUAGUAAGAAAAGACCUGAAUUCACACCCAACCCUCCAUGAACCUGGUUCCCCACUCCUGUCGUACAGGUUUAGUCUAAUUCUGCAGUCUCUGUUUUCACCAUGGGCUACUGUAGAAUCUCAGCAAUAAUACAUUGGGGGGGGGGGCGGAAAACUUAAACCUGUACAUCACGAAACCAUUCCUUCUUCUUUGGAAAAAAAAAAAAACGUUAUUUUAGUAUAGGUGAUGUGUUCAAGUUGUGCAACUGAGUUCCACAAGUUUUUAAUAUUCUCUCCACUCCCUCGGUCAUGUUCUCUUCCCAUCUACACUUCCAUCAACUAUAUACUAAAACUAUAUAUAUUACCAUUUCCUGCCAUUUUGCUCAUAGUGGUAGUCAUGCAGGUUUUAGCUUGGUGGGGUUGAUAUACAUACAGAGGCAUAUUUGUCACUAUGUAAUGCACUGGACCAACUCUUGUUUACCAUUCAUGGAAUACCAGCAAAGCACUUGCACAAAGUUUUAAAAAAAGAAUGUUACAUAAAGUGUAUGUAUAAAAUAAAAUAAAAAUAUAUCUAUAAAUAUAUAAAAGGCAGCUGUUUUUAACAAAAAAUGAAGAACUGUAGAGCCCUAAUGGUAAACGAGGCAUUUUAAAAUUAAUGUCACCCCUUCUGUCUACUUCUUUAUUCUCUGUAAGUAAUGCUUAUUAACAGGGUCGGCUUGUUUUCCUUUACAACUCUGUAUCUUUCCUACUUUCAAUGGUUGAACAUAAUAAAACUAAUAAUCAUUCUGUA